AUGGCUUUGGCAUCUCUCGCUGCGCUGCUGACCAUCGCUCUGGCUUUGCUGAACGCCAAGCAAGGCACCUUACUUGCCGGUGCCGUAUCUAGGAAACCAGCUCAGGCCGUUGAGGUCCUUCCGAGCUCGUUCGCUGUCCUCCCGCAAAAUGAUUCGUCGUUGUUCCGCACGGACGCCUUCGCGACCUUCAAUCCGACCAACACCGCUGCCCCGUUCUUCCAAGUCAUCGACCCCGGCUUCUACGAUAUCCUUGGAUCCAACGCGUCGAUCCACAAGAUAGCCUCGCGAUCGGACUUCGCGUUCGCCCACGAGGCGCCCAUCUGGAUAGAGGAGACCAACGAAAUAUUCUUUGCCAGCAAUGACGGUGGCGCGUUGGGGAUGAGUGAUCUGAACCAUAACAGCCAAUACUCGAAGAUCAACCUCACGGAAGCCGAGGCGGCGCUGGACGCGGGUGCUGAGGAAGUGAAUGUUACCUUCACGAAAAUGACGAACGGUGGUACAGGUCCAGUGGGCGGUAACCUGCUGCUGAUCACGUCCGGCAGAGGGCCUGCGGCUUCUUCCAUCGUUCUCGUCAACCCGAGCCCGCCGUUUAACACGACUGUCCUCCUGGACAACUUCUUCGGUCGUCAGUUCAACUCCCUGAACGAUAUCAAGAUCCACCCGAAGAGCGGCAAAUAUUUCUUCACCGACGUCACGUACGGCUGGCUAAACCAUUUCCGACCCUUACCUGCCCUGCCAAACCAGAUUUACCGGUUCGAUCCGGUGACGAGCGCCGUCCGUGUCGUCGCGGACGGCUUUGACAAGUGCAAUGGCAUAGCGUUCACAAAGGACGGCAAGACCGCAUAUAUAGCGGACACGGGGGUGGUUUCCGGCUUUUUGGGGAACAACGGGACGGAGCCGGCCACGUUGUACCAAUUCGACGUCGACGAGAAAACGGGGGCGUUCCUGAACCGCCGCGUGUUCGCCUACGUGGAUACGGGGGUGGCGGACGGGGUGCAGGUGGACAGCAAAGGGAACGUGUACGCAGGGUGCGGCGACGGCGUCCAAGUUUGGGACGCUGAAGGCACGCUGCUGGGCAAGUUCUUCCUGAACACCACCUCCGCCAACUUGGUGUUCGCUGGCGAAGGCACGCUGGUCAUCCUCGCGGAAACGGCGGUCUAUCUGGUGCGUAACUUGCUGGCGAAGGGGCUCAAUUUGGGAGGACCCACAAGAGCGUGA